AUGCAAGUGGACGUCCUGCCUUCGUACCAGCAGGCCACCUCCCGAGGCGACUGGCUGCGGCUGGCAGCUCCAUACGUUGCUUUCACCGACUAUCCAUCGCUGUGUCGUGUUAGCCGCCACUUCUGGUCCGUCUUUGCGCCGCGGAUAUGGAGAGACCCGCGUGCGGCGUCUGGGUGGCUGGGAUGGAGAGAAGACAGUGAUGUCAUAUCCUGGUGGAUCGACUUCAUAGAUCUCAAGUUGCACAAGCUCUCAGCCCAUACUCGCGCAUUGGUCCGCGUGCUAGAUGCAAGAGCGGCGGCGGGAGACUUCAGCUUAUAUCUCGGCCUCACGGAAAAGGCCGUUAUUCGAGCCUUGGAGCUCUUACCAAAUCUGCAGAGCGUUUUCCUUGAUAACAAUCCUAAUAUGGAAUUGCGCUUUCAGCGCAGCGACGCCAUCAAUGGCCAGUUGAAACUGUCCAUGUUGAGCGUCAAAAAUUGUCCAAAUGGAGUACCUAUAGGACUCAUCAAGAACUACUCCCUCCGUGGGCUGAUCUUCUUGGACGUUUCUGGCAUUGCCAGCGUAACUCCGCGGUUACUAGAGCCUGUGUGCUUGCCUGAUUUACGAAUCCUCAAGCUUUGCCGUCAAGGAAUCAGCUCUACAGCAUUUGCCGGCUUUUCAGCUGUCCUCGGGCACCGUUUAUGGAGCCUAGAUCUAAGUAAUAAUAAGCUAACUGACGACGCUUUUCAGCAUGGACUAAACGCCAUGUUUCUAAACACUGAUUUGCGAUCAGAUGCCCGUGCUCAGACGGAGGGUGCUCUGCAGAGACUUCCUGUUGUCACAAGAGGCUAUGGUCAAUUUUUCAUGCUUCACGAGACAACUCAAAGCGUCCUGUUUGUUCCCGACGAGAGGUAUCUGGCAGAUACUCCACCAUAUACCGCUUCCAACACGGCCAACAACGCAAUAACGCGGUCAGACGGCUCUGUCCCUGUGCGCUCAGACACAGCCGAUGGUGUCUUACGUCUCCUGUCUCGACACGACGCCACUGACGCGGCACAUCACAUACGAAGCUCAGGCCUCACGCAUCUGCACCUGUCGGGCAAUCAGUUCUCUGCAUUUGCAAUGGAAAGGAUGCUGCGAGAGUCCUAUGGCCAGCUGGAGCACUUUGACUGCGAUUCAGAGUCCUAUGUGACGGAAACAAACAAAGCCGAGGAGUCUCGGCCUGGAAAGCCGCUGCGAUUGGUGCACGGCCUUCAGAAUUUGACUUUAGUAAUGGAGCCAGAAUCCUUGGGCAUGGAUGAGGCCGAGGAUCUCAUGACCUUUGACGAGACCCAAUACAGUUUCUUUGGCAGUCCAGUAGAAGAGGCGCCACUAUCACCGAGGCCCCAGUUAGAUCUUUGGACUUGCCCCAAUAAGAGCCAACUCAAAUCCCCAUUGCCGACUGUACAGCCAUGGGACGCAUAUAACCCGUUACCAAGGAGUCCAGAUAGAGAUCAUAUGAAAGACCAAUGGGUGCUUCAUCGCCCAGAAGACAGCAGCAGUGAUAUCGUGGUAUGGGCUGGCAAUCCUGAAUCGACAAACGACGUGGUCAAAUCAUACAACUAUCUGGUAAUUAAUUGUGGCUUGAAAGAGGGUGUAGGUCCCGUCAACCUCACUCAGCAGAAAGCUGGUGCUCCAUCCGAAUGCCUCAUUUUUCACACUGUUUGGCUCUAUGCUUCUUUGCCGCAACGGAUACAACCGCCUCAGGCCGCAGCACUCUUAGAUGAGAUAAAGUCCAAAUCCAAGGAUGUAGCUGCUACAUUGCGUCGGCUACGGGUUUCCACAUAUGAAGCCUUUGAGCAAGCACGACAAGCUGACCCUAACACUACAAAUUGGUAUUGGGGAGGAAGCCUGAGAAUUAUAGAGUCGGAAUAG